AGAUAAAUAUAUAUAUGUCUAAAAUUGUAUUCUCAUCUCCCUUACUUACGUAAACUUCCUGAGGUCUCGGGAGAAUGUUGCGAACGAGUCCUGAAUCAUUUAAUCAUUUGACAUGCAAUAUGAAUUAGUCUGUGUUAGAACUCGGUGUCGCCAUGUUCCUAGAGAGGCUCGCUCCCGCAGUCGCCUUUAUAGUCAUUGGUCAGCCAUUGAUAAGCCAGUAGUCCACCUCAGGUCAUCCAUUGGUCAGUUGAAAACAUCACUGUUCGCACACUACGAAUCAGAUUGAAAUUUUGGAAACAUGGGAAAAUCAGUCGAAGUUCCUACAUCUACCAACAAGAGCACCCAGGCUCCCCAGAGCAGAUUCAAUAUGCUGGAACCCAUAAAUAUACUUCUUAUAACAAUGAUCAUUUCUAUGUUUUGGGGAAUUUUUAUGGUCAUCAGUGGUUGCAUAAUAAGAUUUUUCAGCUUCACCUUGCUGAACGGUCUGAUCGAAUCCUCCAAGGAAAUUUCGACGGAGAAGAAGUUUGCCAAGAAUUCAGCUGGCCAGGAUGUGACGCCACUCAUGACUGAAGCGAAGACUAUGCCAGAUAUAGGAGACUGGCUAUUUGUCUUAGGUUCUGUGGUCAUUUCUAACGGAUCAUUGACCAUCAUCUACUCUCUGCUUUGUUUCAUCGCCGCCUUUAAGGAUUUGAAGAUAAUUCUUGCUGGUGAUAUCGUCUUGAUCUUCGUCACCAUUGCUCUCCUGGUCUACAUCGUUCAAAUUAUUUACAAUCCAUUCUUCGGGUUUCAUGAGAUCGCUAAAAAUCAAUUGACCAGCAAAAUCCAAAGCUCUUAUACAAUAGAAUCUGGCAACAACACUUUCACAGCCAUGAUGAACUCUAUUAUGGUGUUGAAACAGUGUUGCGGUAUCAGAGGCGCAGGUGAUUUCAAAAAUUUAACCUUUAUUGACAACACAUAUAGUUACCCGGAGAAAUAUCAGUUCAUGCUACCAACUGCGUGCUGCAAGAGUUCUGUCUUCCAAGGAGAGAGCGAGCGAAAGAUUUUCAGACAGCUGCUCAGUUGUGCGCAGAAAGGUUUGGAUGAUGCCAAGAAUGUAAAUCUGAAGGGCUGUUACGACGAAGUUUUCAGACAUAUUCAAGCUCGACAUAGAGGUUGGCUCAGCACUGCCUUCAUACUUAUGAUACUGAUAUCGGCUGGUCAAGUAGGUCUGACCAUUCUUUCCAUGCUGACAACUGGCCCACCACCUCAAAAGAUCAUCUUCGCAUCUGUCCCGACGGUGGACAAAAGGGACGCUGCGAUUGAAGUGUCCAUGUCGCCCCUUUACGCACCAACACCGAGAGCCCCGGUAUACAUAGUUGAAGACGCGCCAAUCAAGGUCAUCUUAAAGAAAACCUUCAGGCCUUACAGUGUCGUCAGUGACUAUCCCCAAGCGGACCCGAAGAGAAUCCGGUCUACGGAGAUCUGGUAGUUAAAGUAACUUCCUGAUGUACAGAAUCUACACCUCACGAACGUUUCCGUAGAGAGUUAUGGGAUACAGCUACCGAAAGAUAUUGAUUUGCCAAUUCUAUCAGCCUCAAUUUUUGAUAUUGGUCUCUGAUAUACUUGUAUUUGUAGUUCUUAAAUCUCAAACCUGUAAACUUAAUUCCCUUUAACACGUAUACACUUUCAUAAAAACACAUGGCCCUGCCCUUCACUAUAUCACAGUCUUGUCACCCACAUUGACAGAUCAUGAUUGAUAGAGCAGAACAUAGUUUCUAUAUCGGAAUGUCAGCGUUACAGUAGGCCUGAACACUGACCUGCGAUGUAGCAACCUGUAGGCAGUUAAGACGUCUCUACCUGCAGUGACGUAUCUAGGGUGGGGUAGGGGAUGGGGAGAAUUUGAAAAUCCCCCCGGGCCCCCACUUGAGGAGGGCCUAAAUGAGUGGGGGGUUUUUUUCAUCGAAAUGCACGGGCCCCCAUAGAGGUUAAGCCCCCAGGGCCUCCAAAUGAUGGAAAAUUCCUAGCUACGCCCCUGAUUACCUGUGACAUAGCGAUGAGUUAUUGGUCUAUAUUGCCCGCAGGUUGCGACGUCGCAGGUCAGUGUUUAGACCUUCUUUAAUGAUUUACCUUGAUAUAUUAGUUCCUGGUCAACGUAUCUCUUAUUCUAAUGUAUAUUCGGUGUCCAGGUUAGGGCUUUAGAAAAGUGGUUUUUAAAGCUUGGAAAUGUAUGCAUAUCUGCAAAAUGGAAAUUUAAAUAAAUAAAAAAAUAAAGAAUGGCUAUCAAUAUAUUUUCUUAGAGAUAUUUGAAAACUAAAAGUAUCAUCUCAAACUAAGGGGGACAUAACAAAGUCAAAUCAAUUAUCGACAACUAGAAUCAAAGUGCUUCUAUGGUAUUAGUUUCCAGAAAUUAGUAGUUGUUGUUUUAAACUUUUUUUUAGAGUCACUUAGAAUCAAUGAAACAGUGAAAAUAGAGACGUAAUGAGGUAUUGUUACACAGACCACUCGAUACACAGACCACACGAUACACAGACCACUCGAUACACAGACCACACGAUACACAGACCACUCGAUACACAGACCACACGAUACCUUUACGAAUCAGAAAACUGAAGAGGCUUGAACCAUGCAUUGGAAAUCAUACAGCUUAGAUCAAAUGUGAUGGAUUUAGAAUUUUACAAUGAGCCACUAAUCGGCAUCAAAAUUUUAGUCUUGAUUUGAUGUAGGCGAAUGCUAGUGAAGACAAUGUGCACAAUGUUUUCAGCAUUAGUGUUACUAUAAUUGAAUCAAACUUAUCGUUGACGACAGGUAAAGAUGGACAGUAGGGGAUUAAUUUCGAAAAUAGCAGUAUCUCAACAACGGCCGUAUCUGUAAAGAUAUAAAACUAUGCUUAUCAUAUGUAGGAAGUUCAACUCUGGGCUUAUCAUCCGUAGGAACUUUAACGUUAAAGCUUACCAUCUUUAAGAACUUCAACUGUAGGUUAAAUCUAAAUAAAUCUAUUGUGGGCUCGUCUGCUCGUGAUCUGUAGGCUUCGUGACAGUAACGAUUAA